AUGGGCACAUUUUUGGAGAAGAUUCUGAAGUUUCAAGUGUCGGUGGGGUCUAAACAGAUGUUAAUUAGUAGUGGACACUCAGUGUACCUUCAGAAAAAAAUCAUUAAUAAUCAGAGGAUAUUGUUUGGUAAAGUUUUUAUGGUAAUAUCAGACCAGUUACAGUGCAUGGACGCUUAUAAUGAUCAGAAAAUCUUUGCACUUUUCUCGCAGAUCUUCGAUUAUAUGCCUAUUGCAGCUAUCGUUAACGACACUUUAUUUUGUUGCCACGGUGGUGUCUCGCAAUGGAUGACGUCGAGAGAUGCGAUUCGUAACAUAAAACGUCCAAUUGUCUUAUACAGUAUGAGUAUGCUACAAAGCUGUCUAUUCACAGACCUUCUGUGGGCAGAUCCCAAUCCAAGCCAAAUAAAAACUUCUUUUCGCCAGUUUCAAGAUUGUGCUGGGUUGCUGCGUGGAAAGCAAGAUUAUGAGGGUGGCGUCUGCGUCAAUUUUCCUGGAAAAUGUAUCACAGUUCAUACCACAAAUGCUAAUGACCUUUCUCAAAUUCGGGCUGCGUACCUGUUGUUGAAAAAGAUUGGUGAUCAACUAGAUGUAGAUUGUUCGCAGAAUGCUUUUAACCGAUGUCACAUACCGCCGCCGAGUCGGCUCGAGUAUAUUGGAAUGAUGUGGUCUUUUGUUACCAACUACAGGAAACUUCGAUAUACCGACUACUUCAACAAGUUAUCCAGGAAGAACAUGAUUGAACAUUGGACAGUUAAUGAGUCUUCUGAACUACAUUUUGUGUCGCCAGAAAUAAUACGUGACUGGAUGGUGGUAUGUGCUACGCGAGAAUUAUCGCAUAUUUCUAAGUUCCAGGACAAUGGGAGACACGUAACAACAAUUGCAGCGUACACCGAGUAUUUUCCUAUAAUAUUUGACAUUAUUAAAGGUCUGAAGGGGACAUUUCGUGUAAUCUUAACCGAUGAAGAAAUUCAUUUCUUUCACACUAUAUCCAUGUUUCCUCCACAAUCGCAUCUUCCAAUAAGCUACAAAGAUUGGCCAUUGGAACCUUUUGAAAUAAAAGUUCCAAACAAUCAAGAUGUUCUGAGUAGGAUCAAAUCGCUGUCACAAGUGUGGGAACCACUGCCGUCAUAA